UAACUCAGCAGAAUAGAGCUACUCACCUGUGCAUGAUUAAAGAAAGCCAAAUAGGUGGAUUCUUCGAGGGCUCAGAGAUGUGGGCAUCUUUGGGCUGGGAAAAUAGGCCCUGCAGUCAAGGCCAUGGUUUAUGGAUACCCAGAUAAUUAGCUGCUCUCAGCCUGAAUCAGCAGAGAAGUGUGUUGGUCAUUCUGGAGACAGCUUGGAGAAGAGCAGGAGCUGAGUAUGGAGGACAUGGGCUACAUUAUGAUCGAUUCCUGCAGCAUCAAGAAAGAGGAGGAUGAUCUGGGAAAGUUCGUGGAUUUGGAUUUUAUUUUGGCCCACACUACCAGCAACCAGAGUGGGGGCAGCUCGGGCCAUGGGGGCACUUACCCCCUGCCAGAGACCCCCGAGAGCUGCAGCACCACCUAUGACAGUGACGGCUCGUACCCUGCCAGCAGGAAAUACCGGGCGGGCAGCUUUAUUGGGAGCCCCCAGCACAGCUAUGUGGCAGAGCUGCUCACCCCAGAUGUGCCCUGCAUGGAUGCACCCCCGGAGUACGGACUGAAGCCCCUGCACAGCCGCCAUUACACCGAGCUACGGGUGACCGGCCUGGAUGCCCCUCUGCACUUAUCCGUGGAGCAGAUCCAGCAGCUGGGGGCCAACAUCAAGAAGGAGAGACCCGAGCAAGCCUGCAUGCUGAGCACCCCGUCCCCCGGCUCCCCCGACUGCAUGGGCCCCAUGAUGGAGCACAAGGGGGGCGGCAUAAUGCACCUGCAGGGCCAGCUAGGGGGGCACACGUAUGUCCAGCACAGGGUCAGCCCCACAGAGGAGAUGUCCCUGAGUGACUGUCACGUUAUGCAGGACCUGCACUGCCUCCCCAUCAUGCCCACCAUGGGCCAACAGCACUACCAGCUGGCCCAGCCUUACCCCCCGCACUUUGCCGGCCAGGCAGCAGCACAGUUCCACGGACAGUUUGGUGUUUACAGGGAGCACAUGAAGGUCCACCCGGCCAUGCACGGCAUGAUCGUCACCCCUCCAUCCUCCCCAUUGCUGGAGUUCUACCCGGCCAUGAACCCCCCUGAUGACUGCAAACCCAAGAGGGGCCGGAGAUCCUGGGCCCGCAAGAGAACGGCCACCCACAGCUGCGAGUACCCUGGAUGCGGCAAAACUUACACCAAGAGCUCCCACCUGAAGGCGCAUAUGCGCACACAUACAGGUGAGAAGCCAUAUCACUGCAACUGGGAGGGCUGCGGCUGGAAAUUCGCCAGAUCGGACGAACUCACUCGCCAUUUCCGCAAACACACUGGCCACAGACCUUUCCAGUGCCAGCUGUGCGAGAGGGCUUUCUCCAGGUCCGACCACCUGGCCCUGCACAUGAAGCGACACAUGUGACCCCUCAGAGACACUGCCUAUACACAGAGGACUUCAUUUCUUACAGGGGUGUAUAUAUGGCUGUACAGUUUGCUAUUUAAAGAGGCACCUGCUCAGCAGAUGACAGAGGAAAUCUAUAAAUUUAUAUAAUAUAAAAGUCUGCAGAGGAUCCGCCUAUUCCCUGCGUUUUGUACAAUAUUUGUAAUUUAGCUUCUUGCGUUUUUGUAAGGUAAAUUGAAGUUUUACUUUUUUUUGCUGAUCUGGAAGUUUCAGCUACUUUUUAUACUCUUAGUUAUACUUUAAAGGGGGGAAUUCAAAUGUUUGAAAAGUCAGUUGGGUGUCUGUUUUUACCGGUCUAUGAGAUAGGAAAAAACAGACACCCAACUGACUUUUCAAACAAUUGAAUCUCCCCCAAAGAGUCUAGAAAGCCGGGGGUGGGAAUCGGGGCCCAGAAGUUUUGUGGGUUAUUUGUAUUUGAUGAAAGUAUUCUGAAAGCACUGCUCUAACCGUAAUGUGCAAUUACUGUCAGUCUAAUGAGCGCUUCACAUGGGGCGCUACAGGUUGCAGAACAGCGCCACCUAAUGGACGCAUGGGUGCACUGCAUAGAACUUCUUAAACAUUCCGCCUGUACAUCGCAUUAUUGCGGACACUGCUAAGUCGGUGAUCUUAAUAUUAUUUGUUUUUUUUUUGUUUGUUUUUUUUGCCAUUUUCCUUUUUUUAUUUUUUUUAUUUAACAGUACUUUUUGUUAUGUUUCAUCAGCUAUCCUUGCUCUUUUCCCUUCGGAAGGGAAACUAGGUACCGUUGGCACUGCCUCAUAUUACAUUUUGUAAAUAUUUGUACAAUAAAACAAUGUUUGUCACAA